CUACAUCUAUCUUCUCAGUCUUCUCUUUCACUCUCUCGAUUCACAAGAACCACCAAGAAAAUUCUCUCCUCUUCAAGAAACACCCAGAGACCCGAACAAUGGCGAGACCCAUUGUCUCUUGCCUACGGUUAUUUUCACUUUUGAUGUUCUUUGGUGCGGUUGUUUCUAAUGAUAGACUACCACCACUACAGCCGCCUCAACAAGACCCAAGUUACCUCAAGUUUAUGUUCAAUGCUAUCGAACUCCCAUCCGAAGACUACUAUGAUUACAUCAUUGUUGGGGGCGGCACAGCUGGGUGCCCAUUGGCUGCAACACUUUCGCAUAAAUACAAAGUACUGGUGCUCGAACGAGGCGGUGUUGCCUAUGGAGAGCCCAAUUUGAUGAACCGCGAAGGUUUCUUGACCACGCUUAUGGAAGCGGAUGCGUUCGUCUCCCCUGCCCAAGCCUUCACAUCUGAAGAUGGGGUCCCCAAUGCCCGAGGACGGGUUCUCGGAGGCAGCAGUGCGAUAAAUGCAGGGUUCUAUAGCCGAGCUGAUCCGGAGUUUUAUCACAAAUCGGGUGUGCAUUGGGAUCUCAAAGUUGUGAACCAGUCCUAUGAGUGGGUUGAGAGGGCGAUUGUGUUUAGACCAGAGCUCAAGAAUUGGCAAUCGGCAAUUCGAGAUGGAUUAUUGGAAGCUGGUGUUGAUCCCUAUAACGGGUUUAGUUUGGAUCACUUGGUGGGAACCAAGAUUGGCGGUUCGACUUUCGACAAAACUGGAAAGAGACACACUGCAGCCGAUCUUCUGAGGUAUGCAAAACCUUCUAAUAUUAAAGUUGCCGUUUAUGCAACUGUGGAAAGAGUACUACUGGCUUCAUCUUCAGCGCGCGAGGGCUCGAGGCAAUCAGCAAUCGGAGUUGUUUAUCGUGAUCGUCAUGGGAGGUAUCACCACGCGAUGGUAAGAAAACAAGGUGAGGUGAUCCUUUCUGCUGGCGCCAUUGGAAGCCCACAGCUACUGCUGUUGAGUGGCAUUGGACCCCGGCCUUAUCUAUCGUCCUGGGGAAUUCCGGUGGCUCAUCAUCUUCCCCAUGUUGGGCAGUACCUUUACGAUAAUCCCAGGAAUGGCAUCUCAAUUGUAACACCAAUUCCACUAGAACACUCACUGAUACAAGUGGUUGGAAUCACCGAGUCCGGGGCUUACAUCGAAGCAGCUUCCAAUGUCAUCCCUUUUACAUCCCCUCCUCACUCCAUAUUCAUACGGACACCGUCUGCCCCUCUAUAUCUCCCUGUGGCUACUCUCAUGGAGAAGAUUAUUGGACCACUUUCAUGUGGAUCACUGAGACUAGCUUCAACAGAUGUCAGGGUGAGUCCAAUUGUUCGAUUCAAUUAUUUUCAGAACCGAGUGGACCUCGAACGUUGUGUGAAUGGCACACGCAAGAUUGGUGAUGUGCUGAGGAGCCGGUCCUUGAAGGAUUUCAAGUUUAGGAACUGGUUUGGUGAUCAUGAUUUCAGGUUUGUGGGACCUGCAUUGCCCGUUGACCAAUCUAACCAACAUCAGAUGGAAGAUUUCUGCCGCCGCACAGUUAGUACCAUAUGGCACUACCAUGGUGGCUGUGUUGUGGGGAAGGUUGUUGAUGGCGACUUUCGGGUCUUAGGUAUCGAUGGACUCCGAGUUGUUGAUGGGUCGGCCAUUGGAGUUUCGCCGGGGACAAAUCCUCAGGCCACUAUAUUGAUGUUGGGACGAUAUGUUGGGCUGAAGAUAAUCAGAGAGCGGAAAAAGAUACAUAAAUGAUCAGAGCUAUGGCCGGCUGUGCUGCUAGUCGGGUUGUUUUGGCUUGUUUUUACUUUGUCAAGGGUUGCUGUGUUCUUGUACAUAUUGAUUCGGAGUAGAUGGCUCUCCCAGGAAUAUAGGUGUUUCUAAUCUGUCCAGCCAAAAUAAUACUCUGUGACGAGAAUGUUGUCACAAAAACUGAAUGUGGCAUCCUUGAAGACCUCAGGCCCCAAUAAAAUCCCAAAAAUAGAAUUUGUACAGUUUGUGCUUUA